AUGGUGUGUGAGAUCACCCUUUUGGUGGCUGGUGGAUGGGCAUCAAAGGACAUCAUGCCACCAAGAAGAGCAGCUUCUUCACAAAACAGUCAGGCUAAUGAUGAUGUACCUCCAGUUGAGGGUUUGCCUCAUGUGAGUGCAGAAGGGAUCUAUAGGUAUCUUGGGACACUAGCUGGUUUAGUUGAACGCCAAGCUCGAGCUGCUGGGACUAAUGUUCAGGGACAAUCUUCAUCUUCUAGGGGUAGCUCUUUUGAUGACUUCAAGAAAUUGGGUCCUCCUUACUUUUCUGGUGCUACAGAUCCCACAGAGGCAGAGGCUUGGAUCCUGAAGAUGGAGAAAUUCUUUGGUGUAAUAGAUUGCUCUGAGGAGCAAAAAGCCUCUUAUGCAGCUUUUAUGUUAGAUAAAGAGGCAGAUCAUUGGGAGGCUUUCUACAAGAAGUAUUUCCCUGACAGUGUUAGGCGGCAGAAGGUGGGAGAGUUUAUUCGUUUGGAACAGGGGGAUAUGACUGUGGCUCAGUAUGAGGCCAAAUUUACAAAGUUAUCACGUUUUUCCCCACAGUUGAUUGCUACAAAGGAGGAAAAGCUUGGUGUCUAUUCAGAGGUUGUUGAUAGAGCCCUUAUAGCAGAGAAAGAUAAUGAGGAGCUUCAUCAGUAUAGGGAACAACAAAGGAAGCAAAAUAGGAGUGAUGGUGCUCAUGGUAAUCAAGCACAACGAAGGUCUACAUCAGAAAGAAAUCAUAAUAAAGGGAAGGCAGCGCAGAAUUUAGAUGGGGCUUGUCCUACUUGUGGUAAGAAGCAUGGGGGUAGGCCAUGCUAUAGAGAGAUUGGAGCUUGCUUUGGUUGUGGGAAGUAA